AUGGCGGAAGAAGUAUUGUUGUUUGGAGUGUGGGCAAGCCAUUUUACUGUCAGAGUACAGAUAGCUCUGAAACUAAAAGGAGUCCAAUACAAAUACUUUGAAGAAGAUCUUGACAACAAGAGUGUUUUACUUCUGCAAUACAAUCCCAUUAACAAGAAGGUUCCUGUGCUUGUACACAAUGGAAAGCCUAUUGUGGAGUCCCAAAUUAUUCUGGAAUACAUUGAUGAGACCUGGCCAGGCUAUCCCAUUUUGCCCAAAGAUCCUCAUGAGAGAGCCAUUGCACGUUUCUGGGCCAUGUUCAUAGACGAUAAGUGCACGCCGGCGUUACGAAAAGCUUGUUGGGGUGGAGAGAAUGGACGUGAGAGUUGGGAUGGAGAGAAUGGACGUGAGAAGGCUGUGGAAGAAGCAUCUGAGCUUCUAAAGUUUAUGGAGGAAGAGCUUAAGGGAAAAAGGUUCUUUGGAGGAAAGAGUAUUGGAUUGGUGGACAUUAUUGCUAACAUCAUCGGCUUUUGGCUUGGAGUUUUUGAAGAAGGAUCGGGGGUCAAGUUGUUGACGAGAGACAAAUUUCCCAAGCUUUGCAACUGGGUGGAUGAGUAUGUGAGCAGCAGUAUUAUGAAGGAAAGUCUACCUCCUAGAGACAAAUUGGUUCCCUUUUUCCAGAAUUUCUUUAGGGGCGCCAAAUGA